AUGGCAAAACGCGUACCUUUCUCCAUCGCUCAGCCGAUCACGGUUGGUGGCUGGUAUAUUUCUUCAGUGCUGCUGAUAUGCUUGACGGCCGUUUUUCCCCGUCGCACUGAUAUGCACAAUCGCCAGGUGACCCAGGCAUACUACUACGCGAUUAUGGCUGCCGCCCUUUACUUUUUCAUCUCUUCCCUAAUGCUUGUGACGAUCUAUGGCGCCCAAACUCGGCGUUACAGCCGGGAGUUCAAUCUCACUACUAGUCAGCGCUCUCUCAUGUUGCAGAGCAUCAUCUAUAUGCUGUAUCUUCUUCUCGGUGCUUUGGUGUAUGCCCAUAUCGAGGGCUGGGCUUAUCUUGAUGCGGUUUACUGGGCCGACUUCACAAUCCUCACUGAUGGAAUUGGUAAUCUUGCCCCAACAACCCAUUUAGGUCGCGGCCUACUUUUCCCGUAUGCCGUUGGGGGAAUUCUCACACUUGCGCUUCUGAUAAAAUCUAUCAGGUCACUCAUGAUAGAACGAGGAAAACAUAAAAUCAUUGCAAGAACUACUGAAAAGAUUCGAGCUUCAGUGGCUAAGCGCGUUAGAUCCGGAACGACUGGGCGCUGGUCUUUGCUUCCAUGGGCGCCUCAGAGCCUAGAAGCAUCAGAGGACCAGAGGAAAAAAGAAGAAUUCUAUCUAAUGCGCAGAAUACACCUUACUGCAGCCUUCUAUACCCGGUGGUACUCUCUCCUAUCCUCCCUCUUUGCUUGGAUGUGCUUAUGGUUCCUUGGGGCAUUAGCGUUCUUCUUAUCACAACGUCAAACCCAGUGGACUUAUUUUCAGUCGCUCUAUUUUGCAUAUACCUCACUUUUAACCAUAGGCUAUGGAGAUUUCGCUCCAGGGGCGACUUGGUCGAGACCUUUCUUUGUUCUGUGGUCUCUACUUGCUAUUCCAACGACCACAAUCCUAUUUUCGGCGUUUGGAGACACCCUUGCGCGAAUCUUCGACGAUACUGCCAUUUAUAUUGGCGAACUAACCAUUCUGCCCGGAGAAGUAAACUUGAAGCGCCGUUUCUGGGAGCCUUUCCACCAUAUUAUCCAGAACAUUCGCCACCCAUUACAUCAAAUCCUGAGCCAACCCCCCGAAACUCAGGCUAGUCGAGCCACAGCAAGUUAUUAUGCAAGAAGGCUGGCGGAAUUGGAGGAAGAUCCAAACAACAUUCAACACCGAUAUCGCCGUCAAUAUCUGCUCAGUCGCGAGAUGCGCAAAGUUCAUCCUGAAAUAGGACGAUCGCCUCCCAAGCGCUACACAUAUGAAGAAUGGCUCUUUUACUUACAGCUUGUCGACCGACUGAAAUUCUGCUGUAGUCUCAUUAAUCUCCCCCCUGAAGAAACUGAAGAGUUUGGUGCUCGCAGAGUCGGCUUGUGGGCGUGUAAACCACAGCUCCUACGCUGGAGCUGGAUCGGCAUACAUACACCCCUGAUAGGUGAGAAAGAUGAAGCAGAGUGGCUUUUUGAUGCUCUGUCAUCCUCCCUAGAAAUGGAACUAAAGAUUCACCGCGAAACAAUGGAAGCCGUGCUUCCAACCUUUGCUGCCCGCCGUUAUGCGCAUCUGAUCCCGAACGCUCAGAGGAUGCAACGGUCCCUCCCAGUGCUCGGCCGAGCAGAAUCUGAAACAGUGUCAGCGGCUCUAGUGGGCCUUGUUGUGCUCGCCAUUGUCAUGGUCCUUGGUCUUUUCAUUGGUCUGUACUUUAUCCGUCGAUGUCAGAAUCAUCGUGGUCAUUCCAUGAGCACUGCCAAAAUUAAGAAAAGUCAUGGGACCCGCCCUAUGACCUUAAACCGUUACGAAAAUCCGGAUUUACCUCUUCUACACAGCAGCAACGCUCAAAGACGCCCGAGCGGGCCAUUUCCCCCAGAAACUCCAAGGCCAAACCCGUUUAGUCUUCCCUCGGAAGUCGCUCAUGAUACUAUUACCGUACCACCGCCGGUGCCGUCUCCAAGGUUUAACAGGGAGAAUCUCGAUCUAGAUGUGGUGACACUUAGUCAGGAGUCUGCGGAUGGCACGGCAUAUCAUUCUUUUGGACUCGAUGCAAGGUCUUCCGUGUCGUCAAUUGUUGAAAAAUAUCGACAAAUGUCUGAAGGGACGUUCUGUGACUCGGAGAGUAGCACUGAAACAGCGAGACCGCGACGGCAGAAACCGACGGUCUCUUGUCAAUACAGGUCUUCCGAUGCAUCUCAGAUGCGGUUCACAAAACCAAACCACAACCAUGAACAUCUCACUUCCGGGCCACAUGCUUAUUCGCCAACUGUGAGAGAUGAUAAUAAAAAUACCUCGGAUUUUAGCCAGUCACGGCCUCUGUACCGUAGCCAUCGGGAAGGGUCAGGUUCUCUAGAUAGGCCGACUGGAUUUUCAAGCCAUCCUUCUAGGGGCCAAGCAUUCCGUAGCCAAAAUUCGGUUCAAAUACUACAAGAGCAGGAUAAAGGGAAGUCCCCUUUGCACCAAGAUCUGGAGGUCCCUCCACUCUUGAUCCGAAAGAUGCUCUCAGCUCCCGGAGUUAACCCUUCAGAGCAGUUACUACAAGCAUCAAGCUCCAGUCUUACCGCUAGUGGGAGGCCUGAAAGGAUCGGCGGUUACGGCGGGUUUUCGCAGGCAGAAAUUCAAACGGAGCAACGGCUCUCAACGUGGAAAAGCCUUGACCACUUUACCUCUAUCCCGAGAUCAUCACUUGACGAGGAUUAUUAUUCCGGGAGAAGGUAUCCACAAGGGCUUCCGACCGCAAGUGCAGAUCGCCCGCUCCAGGGUUCUACAACAUCGCCCCAUCUAAACCCCCAUAUCAACGCUUCUGAGGGUCAGAAUGGAGGCCGCAACGUGAUCCGAUUCCCGUUACAAACCACCUCCAUGGUAAGCGAUCAGGUCAGCAUGACACCGAAAGGGUUGAACGACAUCGCUCCGGGCCAGCAAGUCGAAUUCAGGGACCUUCCCAACUCAAGUUAUCCGUCAAUUCACGAUCAAGCGGGCAUCCAUACGGAGUCUGUCUAUUUGGGUCUCGCACCUCCCCGCGAGAGCGCGUCUUUCGAAUGGGAGGCGAGGAAAAAACACCCGGGACAGAAUGAUCCUUGUGAGCAUAAAACGCAAAAUGCACAAGCAACAAUGCUCUCAAGCAACACAGAACGCAGCGAUGAUUUGUGCUCAGACGGCCGGAUCGCUCGAUCCCAGUCAAGCGGAGAUCCGGGGCACGGGAGUGAUACCACCGGGACGAGAAAGAAGCGAAGGAGUCGAUUGCAUAAUCUUGUGAAGAAGAUGCUCUAUUGA